UCUCUUGGACAGAGCACCCUCUCUCUCUUCUUCUCUGAUACAAAAACUCAUUCAGUUCUCCCCAAUACAGAAACCUAACCCCAAAUAGAGUGUGAACUCUCUGCAUGCGACAAUUUGGUUCAAAUGGGUUGUUGUGUGAGCAAGAAAGAAGUUGGUUCUUCUACUGUUUCAGCCAUACCAACAUCACAUUCUUCCUCCUCCAUGGAAACCCACAAGUUGGAGACUCAGAUUCAAAUCCAGAAGAAGAAAGCUCAACAACAAGAAGUGGAAGAAAUCAAACAAGUUCAAGAAGUGAAGAAAACAGAAGCAGGAGGAGGAGGAGAGGACGCCAUAGUGAAGAAGGAAGUGUUAGUGAUUAAGCACAGCAAGAGUCAUGAUAAGGAGAGGCCUAAAGAAAUUGAAGAUGAAGUCUGCAAUGUUGGUAAAGUGAGGACAUCAAGUUGCAGCAAAGAAGAGGUGGAUGCGAUUCUUAUACAGUGUGGGAGACUCAGCCGGAGCAACUCGUCCGGGAAGGCUAAUUCUUCUGGUGGGAAGAAGUACUCUGGAUCCAAGAGGAGUUAUGAUUUUGAUGUUGAAGAAGUGAAAGGGAGUGAUGAGGGUGAUGGGGAAGAGAAACGCCAGCAUCGUCAACGCGAGCGGAGGCAUAAUAGGCCUUCUUCUUCUUCUCCGAGUGGGAGGAGGAGGACACCUAGUAGAGAAAGAGACCUCAAUCAGCAGCAGCAGCAGAGGUCUGGAAGCAGAGAGAGAAGUGGUGGUGCUGGUGGAAGUAGUAGUAGAAGGGUUAGUCGAUCGCCGGGGAGAAGAUCCGACACCAAUAAUGCAAAUUCAAAUGCUAAUGGGGCCGUGGGUACUGCUAAUAGGCCGGGGAAGAUGGUCUCAGUGCCUCCUACGGUUUCUUCAUCAUCCUUGGAGAGGAGCAAUAAUGGUGGGGAAUCAGCUGCAAUUAAAAGGACCUUGGUCAAGAGAAAUGUGGGUGGCGAGGCAGCGACUAGAGGUGUAGCGUCACCGCGUUCUCAGUCCCCUGCAAGAGCUAAUGCCAAGGAAAAUCAACAACAGCAGCCAUCGUUGAGUCGCAGCUCUUCUAGGAAAGCUGAGCAAUCGCCUUACAGGAGGAACCCGUUGAGUGAGAUUGAUCCCAAUUCACUUGCAUACCCACAAUCCUCCAUCGACAAGGCCCCAGGUAGCAAUAACCACAAAUGUAAAGAAAUUGAAGCAGAAGUUGUUCUGAAUCAGAAGCAGAACCUGGAGAUGAACAAUGAUAGAGUAGUUGGUCAAGGGAAAAGCCAUAAGAAGGGUAACAAAGGGACUCAAAACAUGAAGGAUGUGAGUGCAGAUUGCUUGGUGAAAGAACAGAAACAGAUUGUAGAGGAGGCUAAGAGACAGACUACUACCACCACUGUGAUACCUGCAGGAGCUGAGAGUCUGAAACCCCAAACAGUAACAAGAAGCAGGUCAUCUCGUCGAUCCCGGGAUCUAGACAUCAACCCUGAAGCUUUGUUGAAUGCUGAACCUUCUUAUACUAGGCUGUUACUUGAAGAUAUCCAAAAUUUUCAUCAGAAAAACACAAAUACGAACACAAACACGCCUUCAUUUUCACUACCAGCAUGUGUCUCCAAGGCCUGUUCCAUCCUUGAAGCAGUUGCUGACCUAAACUCCACAACAAGCUCCAAUCUGUCAUGUGCUUUAUCUGAUGACAGAAGAGUCCUUCCAACAGAUCAAUCCAACUCUAACAAGGCUGGCUACACUUUUGUGGGGAAGAAAACAGCAUCAGAAGCAAAAGACCCUUUUGUAGAAUCCGAAGUUGUUGUUAAUGAUGACCUAAUGGAGCCAAGCUUUCACAAGUAUGUGACAGUGAGAAGGGGUGGCACAUCAGGUGAAGAGGAUGACAUGGAUGAGCAAGAGUCCUCUGGCAGCAACAGCUUUUCGGGCACUGGUGCUCAACAGAACUGGGGAAUGUCUUCCUCUUCAUGGGAGCCAAGUUCAGUUGACUCAGCAGGUUGCUGGACUUCAAGAUUCAAUGGCAGAGAGGAAGAUCACAGCAAUGCUCCGGCAUUUCAAAGACAAGGACUCUCCGAAUCAGGCCGUGCUAUGGAUGAGGCUAGGAGGGGCGUGAGUGGUAAAAGGAAUCGUGGAAUUGGGCGUAACAUGGUUGUUUCUGGUGAUGGUUUUCUUGCAACUCCUGUUGUUGCUGCCACUGCUUCGAUGUAGUUUUAGGACUUGAAACUGUUUCAUUCAUUUGUAGCUUUUCAGUUGCAUACUUGCAACCAUUUUCCUUUUCUUAUUUGAAGCAAUUAGAUGAUUGUCUAAGGGAUUAAAGCAGAUUUCUUCUGCUCUUGCAUAUAUUCAUUUAUCAUGUUUGUGAUGUUCUUUUUCUACCUCUAUUGAUGUUAGUUCUUCUGGCUCCG